GUCGUUGUCAGAUUCAAUGACUCGUGAAGAUGUGGUUGAUAAAUAUUUAUUCUAGAAAUUUGAAAUGAACCAAUGGAUAAAUGCAAAGGAUUUUGUAUAACAAGACAAGUUCUCAUAUGUUGUCUAAUUUGUCAAGCGUCUUCUGUAAGUAACGAAAAAUAGGCCUCCCAUUUCGUGUCGUUAUGCAAUAAAGAAUAUCUAUAUUCAUCUAUUUUGACGUGUGAUUCACAAAAUAAAUCUAGUACCGCUAUUAUUGGAAAACAGUUCAAAGAGUUGAGAGAAAGAGAAGUCUCUACAAUAUGCUAUGUAUUAGGUGACAAAAUGACAAAAAUUAUCAGAAGGGUUAUUACAGAAUACUGUCUACAGAUCUGGACAUAACAUUCAAUUGGACGAUGCCAAAUCUCUCACCAAUAUAAGUGUCAUGGCUGUUGGAGCUUGCAUAGCUAUUGAUCCCAGAAAAGCUGAAGUGAAAGGUCAUGGAUUUAUAAUGUUGAUUCUAUCGGUUAUGUUCCUGUGCAUUCUUGCUGCUGGAACCAUAGGGUUAAUUGGAGAAUAUACCAGUAUUCUACUAUUGUUUGCAGGUCUUAUGAUUGUUGGAUUCCUGGUCGGUGCUUUCACUCAUUUGAUGGUUUUUUUGACCGCAACUCCUGAAGAAACAGUCCAGAAACUGCACUUAAAUUUGGAAGACUAUAAGAACAUAAAAUCGCAAAAAAAAGCUUGGGAUCUAAUGCAAGAGCAAAAUAGAUGUUGCGGAAUUACAGGACCUGAUAAUUGGUUGUACUACAAUCUCUCGAUACCAUCAACAUGUUGUCACCCGAUAGACAAUUCUGGUGAUCCUCCUUCUGAUCAUUGUGCUCUAUUCAAUGGGAGCGGAUAUAUUUAUAGAAAGGGAUGUUCAACAUCAUGGAACGCUCCAAGACUAGUCUAUCAAACAGAUGAACCUGAUCAGAAUACACCAAAGAGAACUCGACUUAAUUUCAAACAAUCUGUCAUAUACAUGAUGGUAUUCGAUUACAUCUCUAAAAUAGUUUGUAUUGUGUCUGCUUUGGCAGUAUCUUGGCUCGUAUGGUGAAGGUUUGGUCUUUUUGAAUAAAUACCAAAAUGUCAUGUCA